AUGCAACCAUUUACAACUUUCAUAAGACAAGAUUUUCGUUUCAUCGAAAUGAUUAUACUCAAAUCCAAAUUAGGACUCAAGGUGGGAGUAGAGAAAACGUUGAAAUCUGCAUUUUUGGAAUUUUCACAAGAUUACAUGUCGAAUGAACACAAGCAAAGAUACAACUCAUUGAAACAAUUAAGUGAUUUAAGUACGCCUAUAGAAUGGCACCCAGAGGCUAGGAGUAUGCAACGCAAAAUAAUAUUACACGUUGGACCUACAAAUUCAGGAAAAACAUAUAAUGCAUUAAAAUGUCUGGAGACAGCUAAAUCUGGAAUUUAUUGUGGGCCAUUAAGAUUACUUGCUAAUGAGAUCUUUGAUCGUAUGAAUAAUAAUGGAAUACCGUGUAAUUUAGUUACUGGCGAAGAAAGAAAAGAGUUGGAUGGAAUUUAUGUACCAUUGACUUCUUCAACUGUAGAAAUGGCUAAUUUAAAUAGACAAUUGGAUGUUGCUGUCAUAGACGAAAUUCAAAUGAUCAGUGAUCCUUUUAGAGGCUGGGCAUGGACACAAGCACUAUUAGGACUAAAAGCAAAAGAAAUACAUAUUUGUGGUGAACCAGCAGCUAUUAAUCUAAUAAAGUCGAUAUGUAAGAGUGUCAAUGAAGAGGUUGAAGUAAGGGAAUAUAAAAGAUUAUCAAAACUUGUCAUCUGUGACUAUUCUCUUAAAAAUAAUCUCAAAGGAAUACAAAAAGGAGAUUGUGUAGUGACCUUUUCAAGAAAAGAAAUAUUCGCACUUAAAAGAAAUAUUGAAAACACUACAGGUUUACGUUGUGCUGUUGCUUAUGGUGGCUUACCUCCUGGUAUAUCAACUGAAACAAGGACGUUACAAGCCAAAUUAUUUAAUGAUCCUGAUAGUGAAUAUGAUGUUUUGAUAGCAAGUGAUGCUGUUGGAAUGG